ACAAAAAAUAAUGACGUGAAAAUAAAAAGGUAUGAUAAAAUCAAAAAAAGCAUUAAAACAGUUAUUUUUUAGUUGAAUCUUUUUCGAAUCACGGUUUCAAAUUUCUAUUUUAUGACCCACUAAUAUAUGGUUGGGUUUCAAGUCAGGUCAUAAAUUGACAGUUGUAUGUCUAAACCAUCAUUUUAAUUUUACUUCCAUUUUGAGCUCAUAGUUUAGAUCUUACUAGUAUGUGGCAUGUAUAGUGUUCACUGGAGUCAUCGAAUCGAUUCCGAAUCAGAUGUUUCGGGUCGAUUCUUGUUUCUAUAUUGUUUUAUACAUGAUUACAAAUUCAUUUGAAGUCGGAUUUAGUUACAUAGUCGGUGAAUGCCAGGUGGUUAAUCUGUUUUUAACACCUCUAAUGACGACUGAAAUAGAUCCUUAAAAGCUUUCAUCUUCAACCUUGAGCUCAUCGUAAGAUCGACUAAUCCUUUGUUCCAUUUAGCCAAUGCUAAUUCAUCUUAUACGACGUCGUUCUAAUUACCCAUCCCAAUUCUCCAAUUGUUCGUAUUCAAUUCUCUCUCCUCUCUCCUCCUUCGCCGCCUCCGACACCGACACCGAAGCCGACGCCGCCGACGACCCAUCUUUCUCUCUCAUCCCGAAACCCCAAAACAAGAAAAAAUCUAAACAACUAAAAAAACCCAACAAAACCCCUAAUUUUCCUAUAAAGUCCGACUUACCUUUCGAUUUCCGGUACUCCUAUUCCGAAUCCGACCCGUCAAUUAACCCCAUUGGUUUUCGUGAACCACCCCGAUUCUCUCCGUUUGGGCCGGGUCGACUAGAACGGAAAUGGACUGGGACUUGUGCUCCGGUACCGAGGGAUGUGGAGGAGAAAGAAAAAUGGGACAAGGAAAAAGAACAAGUAUUGGGUGAACCAUUAUCAGAGGAAGAAAUAGCUGAGCUAGUUGAGAAGUAUCGUCACAAUGACUGUAAUCGCCAGAUUAAUAUCGGAAAGGACGGAGUUACACAUAAUAUGCUGGAUGACAUCCACAACCAUUGGCGAAGAGCUGAAGCCGUGAGAAUUAAAUGCUUGGGAUUACCAACUCUUGAUAUGGAUAAUGUUUGCUUCCAUCUUGAGGACAAAUCUGGUGGAAAGGUAAUCUAUCGCCAUCUUAAUGUUCUACUUCUGUAUCGAGGUAGGAAUUACGAUCCUAAAAAUAGACCUGUGAUUCCUUUGAUGCUUUGGAAGCCUCGUGCACCAAUAUAUCCCAAGCUUGUUAAGAAUGUUGCUGAUGGCUUGACGUUUGAAGAAACCAAAGAAUUGAGGAACAAGGGGCUUAAGUCUUCUGCGCUCAUGAAACUUACUAGGAACGGUGUGUAUGUCAACGUCGUGCAAAGAGUGCGGGAUGCCUUCAUGACUGAAGAUGUGGUGAGACUAGAUUGUACUUAUGUGGGAACAAGUGAUUGCAAGAGGAUUGGUGUGAAGUUAAGGGAUUUGGUACCUUGUGUCCCAAUCUUAUUUAAGGAUGAGCAAAUCGUACUUUGGAGGGGAAAGACAGAUCGAGCUAGCUGCUGAACUGAACUGCUAAGCAAAGUCAUGUGAGAGCUUUUGACUCUGUUUUUACACUUCAUUUUGUGGACAUCUUAGCACCGUGAACCAUGAUUUCUAGUUAAAUGACUCAACGUUGUUUCCGGUGUGGAGCGCGUUAAUCUGCACUCAUUGUCUGAGAGACUGAACCUCAUAUUAGACGUUUUAGAGCUAGAUGAGAGUCAUAUUAGCUGACAAAAAACAUUAGCGAGUUUAUAAGCUUAUGUAAGGAGUGUCUGUAUUGCUAAAUUCGUUGUUAAUAAAAUCCGUUUACUGUUGCGGAUGGUUGCAACUUGCAAGUUACC